AGUGCUCACGCGGGCUGCUCCCGGGAAGCAUUUCUGAAGAGCGAGGAGCCACAGAAGCUGGGAAAUUCCUGCUCCUCCGCCUCCCCGGCUGAGUCCGGGGCUGAGUGGCGGCUCAGGUUAAGCCCGUGGGCAGGGGCAGGGGGCGGCGCUCCCAGCCCAUCGCUCAGCCCUGCGGAGAGCUGUGUGGGCUGAGCUGUCUUCACCGUGUCAGGGAGGCCAGCCAAGAAACCGUCCCUCCCAGGGGAAAACGGAUCACAGUUCAGGUGGGGACUUCCUCGGUAGCGUACCUGGCUGGAGCAGAGCGUGUGGGCGGCCGGCAGCGCGCCGCUCUGGUUAUGGCAGCCCAGAAAUGAAAGCAGCGGCCGCCGCCGCCGCCUCUGAGGGCUGCGGGCAGAUCAGCACCCAGCAAAUAAGAAGCAAGUCCUGGACCCCGACGAGGAGGAGGAGGAGGAGGAGGAGGAGCGGCCGAGCAUCUCUCUCCCGCUCCUCGGUGUCCUUUAAAUGAGGACUCCCUGCCCGUGCCGGAGGUAGAUCCGCAGAGCCUUCCUCUCCGCCGCUGACCCCCCGCUUACAUCACUAACCUGUGACAGGCACAUCUCCACGCCCGGUACCUACUCCUCCGGCGGCUCCCAGUCCAGUCCCGGGAGCCUCUUUGUAUAACCGCCGACAUGGCCAGCCAGCAGGAUUCCGGCUUCUUUGAGAUCAGUAUCAAAUAUUUACUGAAAUCCUGGAGUAAUACUUCUCCAGUUGGCAACGGUUAUAUCAAGCCUCCAGUUCCACCUGUUUCUGGCACACAAAGAGAGAAAGGGCCGCCAACCAUGUUACCCAUCAAUGUGGACCCAGACAGCAAACCAGGAGAAUAUGUUCUCAAGAGUUUAUUUGUCAACUUCACCACUCAGGCUGAGCGUAAGAUUCGUAUCAUUAUGGCAGAACCUCUGAUGAUGCCUCAUAUCUGCUGAGUACAAGAGAUACUGAUUCUCAGCCUUCUGCCUCGGGGCAUCUAAAGAUA